GGCGCUCCGGCCCCGGGCUCUGCCGCCAGCGCCGCCGCUCCCGGAGCGGAGGCUGUUCGGGAGGAGGCGGCGAGGUCUGCGAGAACUCGGACUCCAGGUAUCCCGGGAUGACCGCCUGGGUGCCUCCCGAUGCUCUGGGUCGGAGGGUCUCGUGUGGCACCGACUACGGGACUGUGCGCUAUAUGGGCAGCGUGGCUCGUACAUCAGGAAUUUGGCUGGGUGUGGAAUGGGAUGAUCCUCAGAGAGGAAAACAUGAUGGCUGCUAUGAAGGGACACAGUACUUUAAGUGCAGGCAUCCUAAAGGAGGAUCAUUUAUCCGGCCAAACAAGGCAAAUUUUGGAGUAGAUUUUCUUACUGCAGUAAAGGAUCGGUACGGAUUGAAUGAUAAGCAAGAUGCUCAAUAUGGGACAGAGAAUACAGUAGUAUUUGGAACGAAGACUGUGGAAUUCGUUGGCAUGGAUUCUGUUGCAGAACAGCAAAGACAACUGAACAAACUGGUAGAUAUCUCGGUGCGUGAGUGUGCAGUGAGCCAUGCUGGUCAGACAGAGGAAAUCAGCAGAACGUGUACCAAUAUGAGGCAUAUAAACCUAUCAAAAAAUUUGAUAUCAUCCUGGGAGACAGUAAUAGAUAUUGCUUCUCAAAUUCAGAAUCUGGAAACACUUAAUGUCAGUGAAAACAAAAUGAAAUUUCCAUCUACAUCAGCUUCUAUAUCCAGUGCAUUUUCAAAUUUGAAGAUUCUGGCCCUUAAUCAAACUGAAAUAACAUGGACAGAGGUUCUUCUCUGUGCUCAAGGAUGGCCAGCACUUGAAGAGUUGUACCUUUCUUCUAAUAGUAUUACAGUUUUGGAAAGGCCUGAUAAUGUCCUGAAGACCCUGAAGUUGUUAGACCUUUCAGACAACCAGUUACUGGAUGGAAAUCAACUGCAUCUAAUAGCACAUCUCCCCAGAUUAGAACAGCUAAUACUUAGAAACACUGGCAUAUCUUCUAUACACUUUCCUGAUGCUGGAUUUGGGUGCAAGACUAAAAUGUUUCCUUCACUAAAACGCCUUGCAAUAAAUGACAAUAAAAUAUCACAGUGGUCAUCUAUCAAUGAGCUUGAUAAACUGCCAAGUUUGCGGUCUCUGCAGUGUAACAAUAACCCUCUCAUGGACACAGAGAAGAACCCAGAGACCCUGAUACAGCUAAUUAUUGCCAAGAUAAGUCAGUUGGAGGUUUUGAACAACUGUGAGAUCCUUCCUGCUGAAAGAAGAGGAGCAGAGCUUGAUUAUCGCAAAAUAUUUGGAAAUGACUGGUUAGAAGCUGGUGGGCAUUGGGACCCAGAGAAAAACAAACCAAGCGAAGAAUUUCUUGCUGCCCAUCCCAGAUACCCAUCACUCUGUCUUAAAUAUGGUGCACCUGAAGAAGGAGAACUGAAGGGACAACAGCCUUUAACUCUGAAAAACCAGCUUCUGACUUUGACAAUUAAGUGUCCUGAGAAACCUGAACAGAAGCCAGUAGAGAAAAAGCUACCAGAGUCUAUGACUAUUCAGAAGGUCAAAGGACUGCUGUAUCGCCUAUUUAAAAUUCCUGGUUCAGAACUAAAACUGUCCUACGAAAGUUCUAAACUGGAAGGAAAAGAAGUUGAACUAGACAAUGACUUAAAGCCUUUGCAGUUUUACUCAAUAGAAAGUGGAGACUGUGUGUUAGUACGGUGGUAAGAAGGGACUCUUUUGCUAGACUGAAGGAAAAGCCGACACAGGAACUGCAGAAGAGUGACAAAGUGGCCGCAGGCAGUAUGGACAGCCUGUGCCUGAACACACCUAUGGGCGAAUUCGAGUUUCACACGUGGCACCACAGGGCUGUACAACUGUACUUUCAGCUCCUCAACUCAAUCAUCAGCCUCCCUGAAAGCAUCUGCUCAUUUCUCUUACUUGAGAGAUACCAAAUAGUACUUAAAUGCUUCAAUUAAAUAAAACUCAAGGUAACCCUUCUGCCUUCCCACUGCA